AUGUGCACUAAGAAUAUUUUUCAUUAUUUAAAUUGGCUUAAAAGGCAUUUGUUUGUUGAACCAUUUCUCAAGGGAUUUUCUCAGGCUCAUUGGGAGGGUCUCUUGAUAUUUGAUAGACCAACAACAACUUCUGAGGCCCCCAAGGACGAGAAAAACGUAGCUCAAGAAAGCCAGCAGGAUCCUGCAGAAGAGCAGAUCUAUAUUGUCGCGGAUAGGUUGCUCAGACAGGAUGAUCCAUUAGAGAAGUCGAUCAAAGAUGGCAUAGAAUUGAGCCUAGAAACUCAACGCUUGUUGCUCAAGAUCAAGGGCCAGUUGAAUCCUCCCGACAUUAUAUCCAUCUCAAUCCGCAAGCUGAUUCAAGACGAGCUUGAAAAAGUGGAUCAACGACUCCUGCUAGUUUCUGACCGUUGGGAUGAAGACAAUAGUGAGGAUGAGGAUCAAGGUGAGGAUGAGUGGAUCGAGGCCGAAUCAGAACAGGUGGCCCUGGCAAGCUUGUUGGAAAACUUCAAGACCGAGAUGUUGGACUUGAGCUGGUUUUUAAUCGAGCUCAUUGGGAGGGUCUCCUCCCGAUGA